CUUUUUAUUUCUAAUGGAGAAUGAAGGAAUCUCAUCGUUAUAUCGUUAUGCGUCAUUGUAAUUUUUAUUACACAUUCACUGUAUUAGACUAGAAAUAUUAUAUUUUUUCAAAUUCAAUUUACUUUUGUCAGAUUCAUUAGUCAUUACUAAUCUCAUCUCAUAAGGGUCAUUUCAACAUAAUGGGCCUUUUUGGGAAGUCAGGACCUACCGAUCCUAAAGAGCAGGUCAAUGAAUGGUGUCACAAAAUCAGAAAGGAAGGAUAUCAGCUUGAUAGACAAAUUAGAGCUAUUCAAAGGGAAGAAGAAAAAGUAAAGCGGUCUCUCAAAGAGGCAGCGAAGAAAGGAGAUAAAUCCGUAUGCAUAGUUUUAGCGAAAGAAGUGGUUCGUGCCCGGAAAGCUAUCAAUAAAAUCUAUACAUCUAAGGCUCAUCUAAACUCAAUUCAAAUGCAGAUGAAGAAUCAAUUAGCAACAUUACGAGUAGCUGGGUCUCUCCAGAAGUCGACUGAGGUGAUGCAGGCAAUGCAGCGACUCAUCAAGGUACCUGAAGUGGCAGCUACCAUGAGGGAAAUGUCCAAAGAAAUGAUGAGGGCUGGUAUAAUUGAGGAGAUGCUGGAAGAUACAAUGAGCUCAAUCGAAGAUCCUGAAGAGAUGGAAGAAGAAGCUCAGGAGGAAGUAGACAAGGUGCUAUGGGAGUUGACGGCGGGAGCCCUAGGCCAAGCGCCGGCCGCCGUCACGGACAACUUGCCGGCCGGAGCGUCGAGGGACGCCGCCGCUGCCUCCAUAGACGUCGACGAUGAACAGGAGCUCGAAGAGAUGCAGAGCCGCUUGCAAGCACUGCGCAGCUAGUGAUUCUAGAACGCCCAUCAGGAGCUGACUUGCUGCUGACAAACAGGCCUGCCAACAAUGAGUGUCAUUCAUACUCUACAAGGCAUUCUCAUGUCUGAGUUUUAGUGCUAAAUACUCUCAGUUGGUGGCCCUGUAAAAUACUAGAAACAUAACGCAUUUCUAUAGUGAGGUCCACGUUAUAAUGUCAGUGAAGAAAGAUAGAAGGACAACGUUGCCAAGUCUCUUAAAUUGACUCCAUUUUGCCACUGAGUAAACACAGCUGUUCUAAUAUUAGUUUUCAUUUCCUUGAUAAAAUAAUAAAUUUCAUGUCAAAUAUUAUCUAAAUUUAUCAAUAAAAUAUAUUUUUUCAUAAUUUGAUUCAAAACUUUGCUUUCAUAACUGAGAUCAGAUUUUUAUUUUCAUACAAACCUGGAAUAGCGACUAAUUGAAAAAACUGUGAUAGGCCAAGUUUGAACUUCAAAACAACAGAAAUUAAGUUAUUCGGUGGGUAUUCUAUUCCAAUUUAUUUUUUAAAUAAUCGAAAAAUAGAAAUCCUAUUUAUAAUAAGAUAAUUUCAAUUGAAAAAAUUCUGAAUUAGCCGUUCAAUAUUAUUCAUACUGGUACCAGUAGGCCUAACCUAUACUGGUAGGCUAAAGCUGCGUUCACACCAAAGUUAAUAACAAAAUGCUAAUAACUUAAUUCUUGUAGAUUCUAUUAGAUUGAACAUAACUUAUCACACACAUGAUAAGCAUAUGUGUUUGUCAAGUUACGUUCAAUCUAAUAGAAUCUAUAAGGAUUAAGCUAUUAACAUUUUGUUAAUUAAAUUAACUAAAAUUAAAUUUCAGUUUAAAAUUAAAUUAACUAAUUAAGUUAUUAACAUUUUGUUAAUAACUUCGGUGUAAACCCAGCUUAACUGAAGCAUGAACAAAGUCUAGGAUGGUCAAAGUUAUCAACUUUUAAAUUGUCAUUUGAGGUAUAAUUCGUGUUUCUUAUAUGGUAAUGUGUAAAAAUUAUUUCAUUUAUUCAAAAAUACAUUUUAAAUCAAUUAUAUGACUUGUAUAGCCUACUGAAGUAUUUUGGUAGAAUGAAGAAAAAACAUGGCAGCUGAGAAUAAUUGUUUGUUUGUUUUAGUCAUUGUCAAAAUUAAAAAAUUCUGAAAACCUUGCAAAGCUAGAGAAAGAUAGCGCUUAAGAUUUAUAGAUUAAUCUGCUUUGUUAGUAUGUUAGACAAGGAUAGCAAAACUAUUGUAUAUCGUAUACUGCCAUUAUUACGUGAAUCUCACGAUAAUAGAUACUGCUUUCUUCUUCAAAAUGUCUGCCUGAUUUCAGCUCUUGAUGAGCCAUCAAAAUAAUAAUUUUUGUGCACCUGCUGUCUAGUGCAACAGGAUUUAUACUUUUAAAAAAUACAUGAAACUUAAAAUCAUAUUUUUAUAUAAGGGGAAAAUAACCUAGUGAUAGAUAAGACAUACAAAAGAAAAUUAAUUACAUUUGUUUGUGAUAGGGAUUAUCUCGAGAUAGAAUAAAUAAUUAUGUUUCAUUAUAUAUUUUGAUGUAUCUUUCACGUUUCAAUUUGUUUUGUUGAUUAAAAAUCAUAUUUGUAAAUAAAAAUGUUGACUAAACAUAAAAAUUUGUAAAUGUUUCUUAUUUAAUGUAUUUAUCUAGUAUCCUUGACGCUUGACACUGUGCACCAGGCUUUUGGUAAUUUUCUACCAAUGGCAUUCUGCAAAGUAUAAGAUUUUGAUGCUAUUUUUUCAAGUUACCAGAAUGGAUUAAAUUCCCAAGGAAAAUUGAAAAUUUUAAUAUUCAAUUGAAAUUAGAUUGAUCAUAAAAUAGAACUUUUAUCAUAUCCAAAUCUUAUACUUUGAAAAAUGUCAUUAUUAUAAUUAUGUUAUAGGUUUAAAUUAAUAAAAACAAUAUAAAAACUUGUAGUACCCUUUAUUAAAAACUUUAAAAUAUUUUAUUAAUUUGAACAAAAUAAGCGAAGUGAUUUUACUAUAGGUUUAAUAUUGUAACUUAUCUGAUAUGUAUCUGCAAAUUUGAAUCUGUGAUAACUCACAGAUUAACUAAUACUUUCGUCACAAAAGUAUUAUUUUGUUUUAUAUGGCUUUGUUGUAAAUUUGAAUCCAAUAUGUCUUCAAUGUAAGCUUACUAGGCAAAUCACCCCACACUUUUAUCAAUAUUUUUCGUAUGCAUCUUUUCUGGUGAGUGGUGAUAAAUGAAUGAUCCUACAGUUGAAGAUGGACUCUAAACUACUAGAAAACCAUUUCUUAUCAAUUAUUAUUAUAAAUUCUGAUGAUAGAAAUAAGGUUAUUAUUGUCUUGUUUAUAGCCUUAAUGUUAAAAUGAUAUUUAAUGACAUUAUGUGGUAAAUAAGCAGUUCCUGUAUUUUUUGAAGGUAUGUGCUUCACUCAAGUGCAGUAGCAUAUUUUUAUUUUUUGUAAAGAUUUUUGAAUUUUAGUUUUUGGCAAAUAAAUAAAUUCAUCCAUUCAUGCUGAAAUUACUGAUUUGUAUUGCACUGCAACAAGGCUAAUAAUGAUAUUUCCCUAUAUUAAUUAUAAGAUCACUUACAAGUGCAUGCUUUUACAUUUUUGCAGGGAGCAAAGGAUUUAUCAGAGAUUGUGAGUUACACAAUUUUUUCAGUAUAUAAUUUAUUGUUUUUUCGUACGAUCAAAAUUAAUUCACAUUCAAUGUAAAAAAGUUUGAUUAAAUGAGGCUUAUUCCGAUUAUGUAAUCAUUGUUGAAAUAUAUCAUGGCAACUUGUUUUCAAAAAAUGUAAACUUUCUGAAAAUACAAAAUAGUAAUGAAACUUUUACAAUACAGUGUACAAUCUACUCGAUAGUGUAAUCAAACAAUCUGAAUCAAUAAUUUAUAUUGCUUUGUCUUUGAUAUAAUAAUACUUUUAGUUCAACAUGGUUGAGAAAAUUUGGUGAUAGAUGAAAUCCAAAUAAUGAAAUUCAUAUAAUGAAAUGAAUUCCAUUAUAGUGUUGAAUUAUCUACACUAAGGUGUGAUUUCCAUAUUGAGAAAAUUAAAGUUCAACCAUUUGAUUUCUUAACAGAAUUAGAACGUUAACUCAAUAUUGCAAAGCCAGUUAUGAUGUAUAAUUAUCAUUAAACCAAUAGAAUUCAUCAGUGAUUAUCAAUAAUAGAUUAGUGUGCAGUAGGCUAUGAACAGGAGACACAAAGACACCAGUUUUUAAUGAAAUUUAAUUGAAUAAUUAUUUGAAUUUGAAAUAGUCAACAAUAAUAAUUACUGAAUCAGUACUUUAUGAUUCUAUAGACCAUAAAUUUAAUAAUAGCGAAAAAGUAGAUAAAUUUUUCAACACCAGGUGUUCAAAAAGCCGGCUCGAUAUUUUUUACACUUCAGGAUCAGAAUAAUUUGACAGUGUGACUGGGAUCUUACUGAAAUUUAAAAUCACUACUUCCAGGUGACUUGAAAAUCUUGGUCCUCCAUAUAAACUAUACAUUUUAAGUUGAGUCAAUCACACCUCCUAUCGUCAAAUUAUCCUUGUGUAAGAAAUAUCUUCCUUUCUUAGAUGUUUUGUACACUCUAUACAACACCAGAGAAAGAAAUAAUUAUAUAAAUGAAUAAAGAUCAUGCCAAGCCUAUCUAUUACUGAUUAUGAGGUCCAAUUGACAAAUAAUAGAAUUAGUGAUUUGUUUUCACUGGUGAAGAGAGCUCUUCCAUAUUCACAUGCAAUGAUUGCAUAUCUACAGAUUUUUAUGGAGAUAUCUACAAUAAUACUUCUUUUGGGUCAGUUUCAAUUAAGACAAUAUAAUAUAUUCGGCUGAGCAAUGGGGGAUUGGCUGUGACACAAUGAAUUUGUCCAAUUGUUGUAAAAUGCCAUUGUUAGUACAUACUUAUAUAUUUGCCGCGCCAUAGUAUUUUAUUUGAUAUCGUAUGAGUUUUUUGAAAUCUAUUGUAAUUGUUGUAUGCAUGUACAGUUUUUUCUGAUGAAUAAAUAAUGACUUAAUUAUCAUUAUCA